AUGCCAUCGUUGAGAAAAAGAAAGAGAUCAAAAAGAGCUUUGUACUGGAUUGAAAGAAGAAGAAGAAAACGCAAAGUUGAAAAACCAAAUAUCAUCGAUGAUUUACCUGAGAGCUUGCUGCUGCAAGAGAUUUUUUCCAAGCUAUGUAACCCUAGAGAUCUCGUGUCUUGUAAAAACGUUAGCAAGCGAUGGAACUCUCUCAUAUCUUCUUCUUCUUCUUCUCAUCACAACCCAAGCUUGGCUUUGGUACUCAACACCCAACCUCAUCAAUAUGCUACAAACGACAUAUGCUUGGAGGUUUGGAAAGGGUUCGACCUAAGCAACUACGUUGAUCCCGAGUUUGAUCCUCCGAUUUGUGUUCUAGCCUCUUGCAAAGAUGUAUUGUUGUGCAUGAAAUCUGAAGAACUGUAUAUUGUGAAUCCUGUGACUAUGCAGUGGACUCGUCUUCCUGAUCCCUGCGGUUCGACUUGGGGAUUACCAAUUGGAUUAAUAGGCAAUGGGACGAAAGGGCUUUACCAUGUUGUCAAUUUGUUUAUGUCUACACAUUCCUACUUUAGAUUAUUCUUGUUUAACUCUAUGCUCGGUACAUGGAAGAGCGUUGGGGUUCAACACCAGCCUUGGUCACAAUCCGGAUGGUGUCCAACUCAAUACCAAGCCUUGGCCUUUAAAGGAGCUUUACAUUGGUUAGCAGAGGAUGGGCCUGUCGUGGCUUACAACCCUAAUGAUCAAAACACAUGCCUACUCAUCCAUCGCUCCCACGACAUGUCUCAUGCUUCUUAUGGUGCCGACGCAAUUGUCUCAGAGACCUUAACUGUCUCCAUAGGCUAUCUACGCAUCCUUCAGCUCGUUGCAUCUGUUGAUCAUCAACAUCUCUAUAUCUGGACACUUGUGGACUACAAACGAUCCAUAUGGAGACAAGAGCAUGAGGCUAUCUCUUUCACUGACUUCCCUUGGCUGCAAGACUGCACAUACUCUGGCCAAAACUAUAAGUUUAUGUCAUGUUUCGUCUCUCAUACAGAAACCAGAAAGCGGAUUCUUUAUCCAAAACCUUUGUGUUGUCACCCAUACAGUCCUCUCCUCGUCUACUUUUGUUUGCCCGAAAGAAUUGUCUCUCUUGACAUUGCAACUAGGCAAAUGAAGUUAAUUACCACACUGAGCAAAAGUAGCACACAAGGCGUUCACUGGAACGAAUAUGAUAAGGUGAUACCAAUGACAAUGCACUUAGACCCCUCUCUAAUCCCAGAUCAUGGCAACGUACUGCAGAAACGUCGUAAACACAGAUUCUUUAGAGUUUAG